AUGUUCCAGCUGGGCGGCAAGCUUGGGCAACAACCAACUUCUGGGAGUUCCACAUUGUUUGGGCAGCCCGGCUGGGACAUCAAAACAGUACAUUAUGUGGUACUGAGUGCCCUGGGACAGCGCGAAACCGGUGUGGUGUAUCAGGAUUCAGCUCAGACUAGGAGCAGCAGAGUCACGGUAGAGGGGGUAAAAGGGUAUGUAAUAGUGGGGCUGUCUGAAAGGGAAGCUGGGACAUGGGAUAAGCGAAAUCAGCGGAACCAGCGGGGACACGGGCAAACGGGAUUUCUGAGUGAGCAGCUGGGACAUGGGAGAAAGGGGAAUCGGGGACACGGGCAACCAGGAUUUCUGAUGACAGCUGGGACAGGGCAGCCGGGAUCAUUCUGUCUAGCGGAUCGAGAUGCGGGGGAACAGUCGACAAGGGAAGCUGGGACAUGGGGUAAGCGAAAUCAGCGGAACCAGCGGGGACACGGGCAACCAGGAUUUCUGAUGACAGCUGGGACAGGGCAGCCGGGAUCAUUCUGUCUAGCGGAUCGAGAUGCGGGGGAACAGUCGACAAGGGAAGCUGGGACAUGGGGUAAGCGAAAUCAGCGGAACCAGCGGGGACACGGGCAACCAGGAUUUCUGAUGACAGCUGGGACAGGGCAGCCGGGAUCAUUCUGUCUAGCGGAUCGAGAUGCGGGGGAACAGUCGACUUCAGGGAGCGGUAUGGCGAGCUGGGUCAUGAAGGAUGCUGCUUUCCAACGUGGCCAGCUGGUUGUGCUCUUUGCUUGCUACCAGUCUUCGAUUGAGAACGGCUUCUACCGCCAAACUACUCAAUUCGCCAACAACCCUUUCUUCCCUCCAACCGGACUCAUGCCCAAGAAGAUCGGCCAAGAUCCCAUUCUUGGGGGACCCAAAGAUGACAUUACACCGUUGAAGAAGGCAGGCGAUGUUGUGAUAAGCGCCCAGGAUGCCAAGACCUUUGAUUCCGAAAAUCUCACCGUCCCUAACACUGUCAAAAGCCCCAACGCCAAGUUCGAUGUCACCUUAAAGGUGAAGAACAGGAAUGGCGAUCGAUUCGAGAUUGCGGGUGUCGCAAAGAAACUGCAUCCGACGGCCAAUGAUUUCGAGCAGCAAUUCUUUGUCACAUCUCGCGGGGGGGGACUAUUAUUUCAUGCUGAGUCUUAG